UACAAUUUUCUCGAAUAUUGUAUCCUAUUGAUAUAUUGUGUCCUGAGAAACUAUUAUCCUUAUCCUACCAGUUCGUAACCCGUUGGAUAUCAUAACCUUUUUCCUCAAGAAUAUUUAAAGACAUAAAGAGCACAACGUUAAAAGAUGGAGAGAAACUUAAAGUUUUCAUGCUUAAGUGAAAGUCUACGCAAGUGCUUCGGCAAACUUGGAAGAAACAUCGCACACCACCCGUAUUACUUCAUCUUUGUGCCGUCCAUUUUCAGUGCUUUACUGUCUGUUGGAUUGUUCAACAUGAAAUAUAUUGAUGAUAACGAUUACUUGUUAUGUGCUGACAGAGGAAAUAUUUUUGAAAUUCGACAAUUCAUAGACAAAACUUUUCCAAUGAACACUUCGGAAUUUUACGAUUUACAAAGGAUAACUCAUCGUCCAGUCGUACCUAUGAUCUACAUAAAACACAAAAAAGAUGAAAACAUGUUACAGAAAAAUAUUUUACUGGAAGUUCAAAUGUUAAGCGAAAUAGCAAAUAACGUCACUGCGCAUGUUGAUAAAAGACAAAUUAGUUACGACGACGUUUGUGGACGGGUCUACGGAAAAUGUUUCGAAAAUCCUAUUUCUACUUUGUUAAACCAUACGGAUGAUGUGGUUUCAAAGAGACGGAAAUUCAAGUAUCCCAUAGAUAUCGAUCCUUUAACGUUUUCAUAUAAGAUAAUGUUAUUCAAUUUAGGAGGUGUGAUCGUUGACGAAAACGAUUAUAUAGAAGAAGUAUACGCCAUGCGUUUAUCAUAUCCAUUGGAUGAUACUAACACAAGUAAAGCGGAGUGGACUAAAGCUUGGAGUAAAGCACUUUAUAGAAGAAUAAAAAAAUGCAAUUUCAAGUAUAUUGACACUUUUUUCGAGCCAUUCGCUUCGACUGAUGUUAAUGUUAUGUUGGAUUUGCAGGAGAUAAUACCAUUUAUAAGCGUCACCAUAAUCGUGGUAUGUCUCUUCAGCAUGCUGAGUAACAUGACUAAUAGUUGGAUUAGAAGCAAACCGUGGAUGGGUGUAGCCAGUGUCAUGUCAGCCGGAAUGGCUGUAGCUGCCUCGUUUGGAUUACUAUUUGCGUGUGGUGUAGAAAGCACAUAUUAUAACGUUGCUCUCCCAUUUGCAAUUCUGGUGACAGAAGUGGACGAUUCUUUCGUAGUGAUCGCGUGUUGGAGAACAACUGAUACUCGCGAUCCAGUUGAAAAGCGGAUGGAAGAUACGUAUUCGAAUGCAGCAGUGUCCAUAACUAUAACUUCGUUAACCAACUUUUGUUCUUAUUGUAUUGCAAUGAACUGCCCAUUUCCAGGAAUUAGAAUAUUCGGCUAUUAUGCUGCUACCUGCAUCUGUUUUACGUAUUUUUUUCAGCUGACGUUUUUCGGAGGUUGUCUGGCUUUGAGUGGAUACAGAGAAGAGAAAGGCCUCAAUCCCAUUUCUUGUAAAUCUGUUUCAGAAUGCAGCAUAACUUAUAAUUAUGCAGAAGCGAUGCAAGAAGAUAUUUUCAUGAAGGUCUUCAAAGACAAAGUUGCGCCGUUUCUUCUUUAUUCUUCAAGCAAAAUUAUUAUAUUACUUGUCUAUAUCGUUAGUUUAGCAUUUAGUAUAUGGGGAAUAAUUUCUUUGAACGAAGGUCUUAAUGUAUUCGGUUUUUAUCCCGAAAAUUCUGAAAUCACCCGAGCAUUUAGAGUAUAUUAUAAAUAUUUUACUGAAUAUCCGUUUACUAUUCACAUAGUGAUUAACGAAACUUUGGAUUAUUCAAACGAAGUCGUUCAGAAAUCAGUGGAGGACAUGAUUAAGAAGUUUCAGUCUCAUCCAAACGUGGCAGAUAUGGAUAUUUCUUGGUUGAAAUAUUACGAAGAUUUUCAACAGCAUUCAGCAGCGAAAUAUUCUUUUAUGGGAUACGAUUUAUCCACGAAACAAGAUUUCAUCGAUGCUUUACGGCAGGUGUUUCUGAAAUUUCCAGGAGCCAAACAUUACCAGAAUGAUAUCCAAGAAAUGUUUCGAAUAGAACCACGGAGUCCAAAUUAA